AUGCCCCGAGUGCGCGCGAGCGGCCCUGCCGCCAAUGCUCCCGUCGCCGCAACUCCUCACAAACCCGCCGGCACCAAGAUACCGCUCAACGACGAUCGCGAAGAAAAGGCAAAGCGCCUACAGUCGCGCCAGGCCUUCCACGAAAUGCACAUGAACUCGCUCAAGGCCGCCGCAUCGCCUGCUCGCAAACGAAAGUCCCUCGGUGCCGAACUCGCCGAAGGUCCUCAAACACCNAGCGGAAAUGGAAGUCAAGAUGAAGCCUUCCAUGUCGGAGGAAGCGCCGUCACGCCUAUGAAGCGUGUCCCUAUUCUGGCCAAUUUCGAAGAGUGGAUGAAGAUGGCCACCGACAACAAGAUCAAUGCCACAAACUCCUGGAACUUUGCUCUGAUCGACUACUUCCACGACAUGUCUCUGCUGAGAGAGGGCGACGGCGUCAACUUCCAAAAAGCCAGUUGCACCCUGGAUGGCUGUGUCAAAAUCUACACUAGCAGAGUCGACAGCGUCGCAACCGAGACUGGAAAGCUGUUGAGCGGUCUGGCCGACAGCGGCAACAAGAAAAAGCGUGGAGAAGAAGACGACCAAGAGAAUGAGGACGGUGAAGACGAAGACGGCGAAGACGGCUCCAAGAAAAAGACAAAGAAGAAGACACAUCGCUCAGAGGCAACACUCGCAACCUCCUUUGCCCAAUUGCAGCUCAAGAAGAUUGAACUCGAAUUCUCUGUCGACCCGCUAUUUNNAAAAAAGGCCUCGGCAGAUUUCGACGAGGGAGGCGCAAAGGGCUUGUUGCUGAACCAUCUCUCCAUAGACAGCACUGGAAGAAUUGUCUUUGACAGCAGCGACGAUGCCCAAGACGACGAUGAGUCGCGACGAGACAGCAUGGUUGCAGGAGAGGAGGAGAAGCCAGACGAGGAGGAACUCAAGAUUACUCACCCGGCACCUGUCGACAUCUCUGGACUGGCCGCGCGAUUCUUCCCAGAUCUUUCAAAGCUCGACUCGCAAGAUAUCUGCCCAUCGCUCAAGACGUUUGAGCUCGGUGGUGGCAGUGCCUCGAUGGACCUACCCUUCUUGAAGGCUCCUGAAGACUGGCGCGCGCAAAAAGAAGAGGAGGACCAUGACGAUGCUCGUUCCGGCAUUGUCUUGGGUGACGACGAUGCUGUUGGUUUCGACGAUGACGACGGCGCAUUUGGUGGCUUUGAUAUCCCAGUCGAUGCUGGUUUCGGUGAAGGUGGUGAGGCUUGGGCCAAGGAAGCACAUGUUGAGCCUCAACUUCGACCUCAUGAUGAAGGCGCCGAUGUCGACGCUGGCGUUGGUGUCGAUGCAGAAGGCGGCGAGGUGGGCGGCUUCGACUCGAAUGGUAAUCAGUUUGGCGUCACUCUUGCGCAUCGUGGCGACGAACACGAAAACAUCCUCAGCUAUUUCGAUCAAGCACUACAAAAGAAUUGGGCUGGUCCGGAACAUUGGAAGAUCAAGAGGAUCAAGGAUGCUGCAAAAGCAACGCCCGCCACGACAAAGAAGAAAGAAAAAGAGCCAUUCGAGAUCGAUUUUAUGAGCCCGAUGAACCAACAACUCGCCGACCUGCUCUACACACCAGCACCAUCCAACGCGACUAUCAGUUUGCCCAAGAAGGACUGGAAGAGCAAGACACGCAACCUGCUGCCGGACGACAAACACUUUAGCUCGCGCGACCUACUACGACUUUUCCUGAAGCCCAAGGCACGCAUGGGAUCACGUAAAUCAACACAACAAGUCCGUACUGGUGUCGAACAGUUCCAACAUGGCGAUGUUGACGAAGCUUAUUGGGCGAACGCUCAAGGUCUGGCGGAGUCGCAACCCGUUGACGAAGAAGGCGCAAGAGGCGACUACGAUGCCAACUUCUUCCAAGAUGAUGGUCUGGGUAUCGCAGCAGGAGCCGCAGACGAGGAUGACGACUUUGCAGACGCGCAAGAGAUGCUGCCGCCUGCAGACGCCUUCGACGCUGCACAAUCAGGGGUACCUAACAGUCUACCUCCCAGCAGCCAAGAGACGGCCUUUGGCUCAAAUCUCAUCACACAAAGCAGACGCCUGCGACCAGAAUACGUACAAUACGCACGUGUAGCGAAAAAGGUCGAUGUACGACGACUCAAAGAAGAAAUGUGGCGAGGCAUUGGAUUCGAGAUUGAACCCACACAAACGCCUUCCAAAGCCCCGCCACCCACCGUCGAUAUAUCAGAAGAAGGCACGUUCAAAUUCACAGAUGUGAUGAACAAUCUCCGGCACGUGUAUCCUCAACAACAAUUGUCAGACAUUAGCACGAGUUUCGGCUUCAUCUGUCUUUUGCAUCUUGCCAACGAAAAAGGUUUGGUCAUUGAAAAUCAAGCUGGGUUCGAAGAGUUGAUAUGCAGGAAAGAUGAUAGUUUUAAUGCUGCGGAUAAUGCUUAG